ACCCCAUUCCUCGCUGCUCAGGCGGCCAAGAUAUUGGGGUUGGGGGAGGAGUGCGUGCUCGAUGUUGGACAAGAUGACAAACCGUGGAGAAUCGACCUCGACAAGUUGGAACCAGCCCUGAAAGAGGCUGAAAAAAACAGCACAGCAUGCAUCAUAGCCAUCUCCUCGGGCGAGGUCAACACCGGCCGGUUCGCCACAGCCAUCUUCGACAUGCCCAAGAUCCGCAGCCUGGCUGACCGUUACAAGGCCUGGAUCCACGUCGACGGCGCCUUUGGCAUCUUUGCCCGGGCUCUGCCCAAAACAGACCAGUUUCUUAGUCUGCGUGCCUGUGUCGCAGGCAUGGAAUUGGCGGAUAGUAUCUGCGUGGAUGGGCAUAAACUUCUCAAUGUGGUGAGUUUUUUGAGUUUUUUUUUGUAUAUGUUUUCAACUUUUUAUUUGCUUGCUGUAUUAAUAUGUGUCAACCCGGGCGCCGCCUACCUGGCUCCCCCGCCAUCCUCCUCUGCUGCCGGUUCCCAAGAAGAUGGGAUCUUCGGCCCUUUGAACAUCGGCCUUGAGAACUCCCGUCGCUUCCGCGCCCUGCCAGUUUAUGCCGUCCUGAAAAGCGAGGGCCGAGAGGGCAUGGAGGCCAUGUUCAGCCGGAUGGUGUUCCUUGCCAGGAAACUCGCCUCUUUUAUCCACAACUCUGAACAUUACGAGCUGCUUCCUGAGACUGAGAAUCAUGUCGAGGAAGACAUCUUCAUGAUUGUGUUAUUCCGGGCGAGAAACGAGGCGCUGAAUAAUGUUCUCGUUGAUCGGAUCAACCAGACGGGCAAGAUGUUUGUGAGCGGGACGCAAUGGCAAGGCAGGAAGGCGGUGAGAAUCGCUGUGUCGACGUGGAGGGUCGAGGUUGAGAGGGACGCAAAGUAUGUAGAGGGCGUCUUGAGAGAAGUCGCCGAGAGUUUUGUCGAGGCGUAA